CCAUCUCGACGUGCUACGAGCUUUCUUCCCCACAGAAUUUUCAGUCUUGCUCCCCCUCCCUUCUUAGCGAGUCUCGUGUGUUGAUGGACGGCUGCCGGCACCCGUUCGCCGCGAAGCCCAUCUCCCCCCGGUUAGAGCUAGGGAACAGUCCAUUUGAAGCGCAUCAUGAUGCUCUGGAUUCCUCGGAAACUAGCACGAAUUGAUUGGUUUAUGCUAGCAAAUUGUGUUCUACCGUUACCACAGUCGUCAUCGCUGCUACCAUUGACCAACCGCUGCAUUAUUGCCGAUUUUCUUGUCUCUCUCAUCAUUCCUCCACAGCCCCAUAACGGCUGUUCGCACGUCCAAAUCAGCGACCGGAGCGGUCAUAUUAUACCAGCCAGUUCAGUUUUAGCCCUUGGGGGGGGGGCGACGAGGAUAUGGAGCAUGGUCGUGUCUGACAAGGAUGAGACGGAUGGAAGGACAAGGGAUAUGUUAGGGAAUGCAGAAUGCACGAUCAACGAGUCGUAUCUCGCACAAGCUCCUGGCUGGCAAAGGGCCAAUCCACACUGUUCUGCCCCUUCUCUACAACAUGAUAAUCACCUCUGCGGUUUAACUUGUUAUUCCCGCCACUCUUUUCCUUUCCUUUCGAGCUAGGACUUUGCUCUUGCCCUUCUCGAAUGGUUUGGUCUUGGUUUCGCGCGACGUCGGAAUGGUGAAUCCCAGGAACCGCGGCUCUUGAGACUGCGCGGCCCCCACUCGGCCGCCGAUGUCCGGCCCAAGACGCAACCGAACAACUCGUGAUGUCCAGUAGAUUUCUUAGAUUUCCCUCGUCCUUAUUGGCUGGGGCGCCUAUCCCGGGGUUGGUGUGA